AUGCCUUCCCUGCAAUUCGUGCCCGCACGCGAUUCGCGUCACCGGCAUGCCUGUCUCGCCCUCUACCGCGCCCUCGUUCGCGAAGGCCGCCGCAUCCCUCUUCCAGCCGACAUCCUCGCCGAUCAGAGCGUCCACCCCAUCCAGCACAUGAUCAGGAAACAAUUCAGGAGAAACAAGGGCGACACUGGGCAGCGGGUUGUGUUUGCAGCACUGACUGCUGGUUACAAGUUCCUGUCCCUCUUUCGACAAGCCCAAACAACGUCCUCCACAGCCCAUGCCGAAGUCCUCGCCCAUGUCAAACGAAAGCGACUCGAGUCGGCCACGUCCCGCGCAAACUACAAACCGAAACCGCCCCAGCUCGACAAGCCCCAGUUGCGUCCCAAGCCGCCGCCGCUGCUCACGCGGCACCGAGACCCCGACGGCUCCGUCUCCUACACAUCCACCCUCCGGCCGGCCCCGUCCUCUCAGCUGCGAGGCCGCCGUCGCAUACCGGUCGUCUUUGUGACCUCGCAGGGCGUGCCCUUUCUCCGCACCAAGAAGCCGCAGCCCGUGCGGCUCGAGUGCGCGCUCCGACGCCAGGGCCAGCGGCGGCAGGCACGCGUGACGCAGGCGAUUGAGUUGCGCGAGGUCGAUUCGCCGGCGGCCAAGGACGAAGACAACUGGGAGAGGCUCGUCGAGGGUCUGCAGCGCGAGGAGGGACGAGGAGGCGAGCUCGAGGGGGACGGCGAGACGUUUGCGGCGGCGGUGCGGAUGGGGUGGCAAGCGCUGGGACGGAGCCUGCAAAACGAACGACUCGACUGGAUGGCGAAGACGGAGGCGUACGUGAAGAUCGUAGAAGAUGAGAGGAGGAUGGCGAGACUCGAGGCUGGGUUGGUGGAGGGACCUGAUGGGCGGUGGGUGAGGGAGCUGCCUGCUGCCGCGACUACGACACCGAAGCGGACGCCGGUACCCCCCAGCGGACAGAAGAAUGCUGCGUCUGGAAAAGAAAGGACGAAGCCACUGGUUACGCAGUGGUAG